GUAAGUUGAGGGGAGCUGUGAUUCCUACAAGAAAUAAACUUUAAAGUUGUAGUCAAUGGUCAUAGUAUUACUGACUUUACAACAGAAAGGAGGAAUUGCAUUUUCUGGUACUAUUGUUUCUUGUAGUCAUUUGGGUUUGAGUAUUUGGUGGUCAGUAGUAGAAUAGAGACGAUGUUGACAUUUUCUUUCUUUUGUGUGGAACUAGAUCUUUGGAUCAUCUGUCUCUGAAGAACAGAACAGUGUAAGUAAGUCAUUUUUAGCCCUACUGAACAAGAUAAUGUUUAUGUACUUAAUUUGAAAUCAUUUACAUAAUUUGAAAACUGGUCAUGUCACUUUAUAAAAUUAUGAUCAUGUCAAAUAAAGUUUAGUUGUAAUCCAACAGAUCAGUGAAAGAUGGGGGAUGCCCAGAUGGCAGAGUUUGGAGCUGCUGCUCCGUUCCUCAGGAAGUCAGACAUAGAGCGUCUGGAGGCCCAAACUCGCCCCUUUGACAUGAAGAAAGAAUGUUUCGUUCCUAAUGCUGAAGAGGAGUUUGUUAAAGCAUCUAUUAUCAGUCGAGAUGGUGAUAAAGUCACCUGCGAGACUUCAAAGGGAGCGACAGUAACUGUGAAGGAGAUUGAUGUUCACCCUCAGAACCCGCCAAAGUUCGAUAAAAUUGAGGACAUGGCGAUGUUCACCUUCCUGCACGAGCCCGCUGUGCUGUUUAACCUCAAAGAGCGUUACGCAGCCUGGAUGAUCUACACCUACUCUGGGCUCUUCUGUGUCACUGUGAACCCCUACAAGUGGCUGCCGGUGUACAACCAGGAAGUCGUCACUGCCUACAGAGGAAAGAAGAGGAGUGAAGCUCCUCCUCACAUCUUCUCCAUCUCUGACAACGCCUAUCAGUACAUGCUGUCAGACAGAGAAAACCAGUCCAUUCUUAUCACUGGAGAAUCCGGUGCUGGAAAGACUGUGAACACAAAGAGAGUCAUUCAGUACUUUGCCAGCAUCGCUGCUAGUCCUACAAAGAAGGAGACCACUGAAAAGAAGGGUACUCUGGAGGAUCAAAUUAUCCAGUGUAAUCCUGCUCUUGAGGCCUUUGGCAAUGCCAAGACCAUCAGAAAUGACAACUCAUCUCGCUUUGGCAAGUUUAUCCGGAUCCACUUUGCUGCCAGUGGCAAGCUAGCCUCUGCUGAUAUUGAGACUUAUCUUCUGGAGAAGUCUCGUGUGACUUUCCAGCUCAAGGCUGAGAGAGACUACCACAUCUUCUACCAGAUCCUGUCUCAGAAGAAACCAGAACUAUUAGAGAUGCUGCUGAUCACAGCAAACCCUUAUGAUUAUGCCUUCAUCUCUCAAGGAGAGACACAAGUGACUUCUAUUGAUGAUUCUGAUGAGCUGAUGGCCACAGAUGAAGCAUUUGAUGUGUUGGGCUUCACCCAAGAGGAGAAGAACAGCAUCUACAAGCUGAUUGGUGCCAUCAUGCACUACGGCAACAUGAAGUUCAAGCAGAAGCAACGAGAGGAACAGGCAGAGGCUGAUGGGACUGAGGAUGCUGAUAAGUCAGCUUAUCUGAUGGGCCUGAACUCUGCUGAUCUCAUCAAGGCUCUGUGCCACCCGAGAGUCAAAGUAGGAAAUGAAUGGGUCACCAAGGGACAGAGUGUCCAACAGGUGUACUAUGCUAUGGGAGCUCUUUCCAAAUCAGUGUACGAGAAAAUGUUCCUCUGGAUGGUUGUGAGAAUCAACCAAUCCCUGGACACUAAACAGCCUCGCCAGUACUUCAUUGGUGUGCUGGACAUUGCUGGAUUUGAGAUCUUUGAUUUCAACACCUUUGAGCAGCUGUGCAUCAACUUCACUAAUGAGAAGUUGCAGCAGUUCUUCAACCACCACAUGUUUGUGUUGGAGCAAGAGGAAUACAAGAAGGAGGGUAUUGAGUGGGAGUUCAUUGACUUUGGCAUGGACUUGCAGGCUUGUAUUGAUCUCAUUGAAAAGCCCAUGGGUAUCAUGUCCAUCCUUGAAGAGGAGUGCAUGUUCCCCAAAGCCAGUGAUGCAACAUUCAAAGCUAAGCUUUAUGACAACCAUUUGGGAAAAUCAAACAACUUCCAGAAGCCCAGGAUUGUCAAGGGUAAACCAGAGGCCCAUUUCUCCCUGGUUCACUAUGCUGGCACGGUGGACUACAACAUCAAUAACUGGCUGGUGAAGAACAAGGAUCCUCUUAAUGAGACUGUUGUUGGCCUCUAUCAGAAAUCCACCAUGAAACUGUUGUCUCACCUGUUUGCAAAUUACGCUGGUGCUGACUCAGCCAUGGCAGAAGGAGGUGGAGGAGGUGGCAAAAAAGAGAAGAAGAAAAAGGGCUCUUCUUUCCAGACGGUGUCUGCCCUUCACAGGGAGAACCUGAACAAGCUGAUGACCAACUUGAGGCAAACUCACCCUCACUUUGUGCGCUGCAUCAUCCCCAAUGAGACUAAGACUCCCGGGGCGAUGGAGAAUCCUCUGGUCAUGCACCAGCUGCGCUGUAACGGUGUGCUGGAGGGCAUCAGAAUCUGCAGAAAGGGCUUCCCCAACAGGAUCCUGUAUGGAGAUUUCAAGCAGAGAUAUCGUAUCCUGAACCCUGCUGCCAUCCCAGAGGGUCAAUUCAUAGACAGCAGGAAAGGAGCAGAGAAGUUGUUAGGAUCUUUGGAUAUUGACCAUAACCAGUACAAGUUUGGACAUACUAAGGUGUUCUUCAAGGCUGGUCUGUUAGGUGCUCUUGAAGAGAUGCGAGAUGACCGCCUUGCUCUCAUCAUCACAAAUAUUCAGGCUAGAGCUCGUGGUCUUCUCUCAAGAAUUGAGUUCCAGAAGAUUGUCGACCGCAGAGAUGCCUUGCUUGUUAUCCAGUGGAACGUACGUGCCUUCAUGGGUGUCAAGAAUUGGCCCUGGAUGAAGCUCUACUUCAAGAUCAAACCGCUUCUGAGAUCUGCUGAAGCAGAGAAAGAAAUGGCCAACAUGAAGGACGAAUUCUUGAAGUUGAAGGAGGCUUACGCCAAAUCUGAAGCCCGUAGAAAAGAGCUUGAAGAAAAAAUGGUUUCUCUUCUCCAAGAGAAGAAUGACCUGCAACUCCAAGUUCAAACUGAGCAAGAUAAUCUUUGCGAUGCUGAGGAGAGAUGCGAGGGUCUGAUCAAGAACAAGAUCCAGCUUGAGGCUAAAUCCAAAGAGCUGACUGAGAGACUGGAGGAUGAAGAAGAAAUGAACGCUGAGCUGACUGCAAAGAAACGAAAGCUGGAGGAUGAAUGUUCUGAGCUCAAGAAGGACAUUGAUGAUCUUGAGCUCACUCUGGCCAAAGUGGAGAAAGAGAAACACGCCACUGAGAACAAGGUUAAAAACCUGACAGAAGAGAUGGCAGCUUUGGAUGAGAUCAUUGCUAAGCUGACCAAGGAGAAGAAAGCUCUGCAGGAGGCCCAUCAGCAAACGCUGGAUGACCUCCAGAGUGAGGAAGACAAAGUCAACACUCUCACUAAAGCCAAAGCCAAGCUGGAGCAACAAGUGGAUGAUCUUGAGGGUUCCCUGGAACAGGAAAAGAAGCUUCGUAUGGAUCUGGAGAGAGCAAAGAGGAAGCUCGAGGGAGACUUAAAGUUGACCCAAGAGAGUCUGAUGGACCUGGAAAAUGACAAACAGCAACUGGAAGAGAGGAUUAAAAAGAAAGAUUUUGAGAUCAGCCAGCUCAGUAGCAGGAUUGAAGAUGAGCAGGCAAUGGCAGCCCAACUCCAGAAGAAACUGAAAGAGUUACAGGCCCGUAUUGAAGAGCUUGAGGAAGAGCUGGAGGCUGAGAGAGCUGCUCGUGCUAAAGUUGAGAAACAGAGAGCUGAUCUGUCCAGAGAACUGGAGGAGAUCAGUGAGAGGUUGGAGGAGGCUGGUGGAGCCACUAGUGCCCAGAUUGAGAUGAACAAGAAACGUGAAGCUGAGUUACAGAAGCUGCGCAGAGACCUUGAAGAGUCCACUCUGCAACACGAGGCCACCGCUGCUACUCUGAGGAAGAAACAUGCUGACAGUGUAGCUGAUCUGGGAGAGCAGAUCGACAACCUUCAGAGAGUGAAGCAGAAGCUGGAGAAAGAGAAGAGUGAACUCAGACUGGAACUGGAUGAUGUGGUCUCCAACAUGGAGCAGCUUGCCAAGGCCAAGGCAAACCUGGAAAAAAUGUGCAGGACCCUUGAGGACCAGAUGUCAGAAUACAGAACAAAAUAUGAAGAAGGACAACGCAGCAUCAAUGAUUUUACCAUGCAAAAAGCUCGGUUGCAAACCGAAAAUGGGGAGCUUUCUAGACAGCUGGAAGAAAAGGAUUCCUUGGUGUCUCAGCUAACAAGAGGCAAGCAGUCGUACACCCAGCAGAUUGAGGACCUUAAGAGGCAACUAGAGGAGGAAAUUAAGGCUAAGAAUGCCCUGGCUCAUGCAGUUCAGUCUGCUCGUCAUGAUGCUGAUCUGCUGAGGGAACAGUAUGAGGAGGAGCAAGAAGCCAAGGGUGAGCUGCAGCGGAGUCUGUCCAAGGCAAACUCUGAGGUGGCUCAGUGGAGAACCAAAUAUGAAACUGAUGCCAUCCAGAGGACUGAGGAGCUGGAAGACGCCAAGAAGAAGCUGGCUCAGCGUUUGCAAGAUGCAGAAGAAGCUGUGGAAGCUGUUAAUGCUAAAUGCUCCUCACUGGAGAAGACCAAACACAGACUGCAGAAUGAGAUUGAAGACCUCAUGGUGGAUGUGGAGAGAUCCAAUGCUGCUGCUGCUGCUCUGGACAAGAAGCAAAGAAACUUUGACAAGGUCCUAGCUGAAUGGAAGCAGAAAUACGAGGAGUCUCAGAGUGAGCUGGAAAGCUCCCAGAAGGAGGCCAGAUCUCUGAGUACUGAACUGUUCAAACUGAAGAACUCUUAUGAGGAGUCUCUGGAUCAUCUGGAGACCAUGAAGAGAGAAAACAAGAACCUCCAAGAGGAGAUUGCUGAUCUCACUGAACAAAUUGGUGAGAGUGGAAAGAACAUUCAUGAACUAGAGAAAAUGCGUAAGCAGCUGGAGCAGGAAAAAUCUGAAAUUCAAGCAGCUCUGGAAGAGGCUGAGGGUUCCCUGGAGCAUGAAGAAGGAAAGAUUCUUAGAGCUCAGCUGGAGUUCAGUCAGAUCAAAGCAGAAAUUGAACGUAAGCUGGCUGAGAAAGAUGAAGAGAUGGAGCAGUCCAAGAGGAAUCAGCAGAGGAUGAUUGAUACCCUUCAGAGCUCACUUGAAUCAGAGACUCGCAGCAGGAAUGAAGCUCUCAGACUGAAGAAGAAGAUGGAGGGAGACCUCAAUGAGAUGGAGAUUCAGCUCAGCCAGGCUAACAGACAGGCAUCAGAAGCCCAGAAGCAACUCAAGGGUCUUCACGGACAUCUCAAAGAUGCCCAACUGCAGCUAGAUGACGCUCUGCGCAGUAAUGAUGAUCUCAAAGAGAACAUUGCCAUCGUGGAUAGACGCAACAAUCUGCUGCAGGCUGAACUGGACGAGCUGAGAUCCCUGGUGGAACAGACUGAGAGAGGAAGGAAACUGGCUGAGCAGGAACUGCUGGACGUCAGUGAGAGAGUUCAGCUCCUGCAUUCUCAGAACACCAGUCUGCUGAAUCAGAAGAAGAAGCUGGAGGGAGAUAAUACUCAGCUCCAGACUGAGGUUGAGGAGGCAGUGCAGGAGUGCAGGAAUGCUGAGGAAAAAGCCAAGAAGGCCAUCACUGAUGCUGCCAUGAUGGCAGAAGAGCUGAAGAAGGAGCAGGACACCAGUGCUCAUCUGGAGCGCAUGAAGAAGAACAUGGAGCAGACCAUCAAAGACCUGCAGCACCGUCUGGAUGAAGCUGAGCAGAUCGCCAUGAAGGGAGGCAAGAAGCAGGUCCAGAAACUGGAAGCCAGGGUGAGAGAGCUGGAAAACGAGGUGGAGCUGGAACAGAGAAAGGCGAGCGAGUCUGUGAAAGGAGUCCGUAAAUAUGAGAGACGCAUCAAGGAGCUCACCUACCAGACUGAGGAAGACCGCAAGAAUCUGGCUCGCCUUCAAGACCUCGUGGACAAACUCCAGCUGAAGGUCAAGUCCUACAAGAGAGCUGCUGAGGAGGCGGAGGAACAGGCCAAUUCUAACCUGGGCAAGUUCCGUAAGCUGCAGCAUGAGCUGGAUGAGGCAGAGGAGAGGGCUGAUAUUGCUGAAUCUCAGGUCAACAAGUUGAGAGCCAAGAGCAGAGACACUGGCUCUAAGGUGAGUGUUUGUUAUCAGAAUACAAAUGUUAAUUGACUUGGCAGAUGUGAUGCAUACUAUCAUUAACUGAAAUAAACUCUAAAGCAAACUAAAAUUAAAAUGGAAAGGAACUAAUAAAGGACUGUGUAAACUUACCCACAAAUGUUUCAAUAACUUUCAAUUAGAAAAUAAUAGGCUGUUGUCAAAAAUGCAAUUUGAUAAGCAAAGCUCCUCAACGCCAAGUUUAUUGAGAGAUCUGUUAGUGCCCUAUUUUCAUGGGCAAAAUGUAUUAUAAUUUCUAAUAAGAUAAAUGAA